ACGACGGAAUGAGCUCUAAAUUCGUUCAACAUGUUUACAGUAUUGGCGCCAUCCGAAGCAAUAGCGAGUACAUACAAUAACUCAGCGAAAAUGACAACACUACGAGACGAUGGGAGCAUUCUACCAGUAUUAGGAAAGCCGGGAGUUUGGUUUUGGAUAAUACACAUAGGAGGAGCUUCUAGUCUCUUUAUCAGCAUUUGCUUCAGUUUUGGUUUGAUUGCUUAUCUCGGUGUAAUGGGGAAACGUCAGAAUCGGCCAUUUUGGACAUGGAAGUUACCAGAACGCUUGGUUAUGUACCUCGCCCUUUGUGAUCUUCUUUGGAGUAUCGCCCAUAGCAUUGACCACUACAUAAUGAUUGCCCUUUAUGACCAUGUUCCCGACCUACCAUGCAUCAUCCUAGGGUUCCUUCUCAAUGAGUUCAUAUUCAUUCAGGCCAUUAUCGUGAUGUUCAUCGCCAUAGGUGCGUUUGUAAUGGUCGUGAAGAAUAAGCGGAUACCACUUGGAAGGUAUGAUUGGAGAUUGUUGGUCGUGUCUAUUGGCUUUUCAACUGUGACUGGAAUUGUCAUGGUAUGCUUUGAUUUGUUCGGGCCGAGUGGAGCAUGGUGUUUCCUAGAUGGACGAAAUCCUCUAUAUGGGGUCCUGAUGUCGAUAAUCUCCAUUGCCAUGAUAUUUACGUCCCUUUUUAAUCUCGGACCAUGUGGGCAGCUAGAGGUUGCAGAGGCAAGUUUUAAGAACUCUUCAAGGAAGUUGAAUAAACACGUCCCGAACACUGAUCACCAUCUUCACGAGUAUACUGCUCUGAGCAUGUGA